AAUUCCAUUGACCCUUUUUAAAUCUGUGAGACCCCAAAGAGACCCAUCAAAGCUGUUCUUCGCUCUCCUCUGAUUCUCAGAUGGAACAUGAGGAGGUACCCUUCACUAGAACAGAGUCUCAGGAAAUUGAGAUCCCAAUAGUAUCUGAAGGAAUUGAUGCUCUUCCUGUGCCACCACUGUUACCUUGCUCUUCUGUUUGUGUUGUCUUCAAAAAAGAACAUUGUAGUUUGGAUUCAAGAGAACGGUCUAAGUCAGCAAAAAAACUUUGUGGACUCAUUAUUGCCUCUGUCUUGUUUAUGGUGGUAGAAAUUAUUGGUGGUGUCAAAGCCAAUAGCCUUGCAGUACUCACGGAUGCAGCCCACUUGCUCACUGAUGUUGCUGGAUUCUCCAUUGCUCUUUUCACAGUAAUGGCUUCCGGUUGGGAGGCAACAUCAUACCAGUCUUUCGGAUAUCACCGUCUUGAGGUUUUGAGUGCCCUUCUGUCUGUGCAGCUAAUAUGGCUGGUCUCUGGGAUCUUGAUCUAUGAAGCAGUUCACAGAAUCCUUCACAAAAAUGAAAAGGUGAAUGGAUUGCUCAUGUUUGAAGUUGCAGCGUUUGGAUUUCUUGUCAACUUAAUCAUGGUCAUGUGGCUCGGUCAUGAUCACACCCAUCAUGCCUGUGGAGGCUUAGGUCAUGAUCAUCAUCACAAUCAUAAUCAGGAGCAUAAUCCCGAUCAUCAUCACGACAGGGAGGAAGAAUAUGCAAGAACUGAAGAUGAUAAAACUAGUCUGGUAUCAAGUUCUCCAGAAAAUACUAAAAUAUUAAACAUAAACCUCCAAGGAGCUUACUUGCAUGUUGUUGCUGAUAUGAUUCAGUCUGUUGGGGUGAUGAUUGCUGGAGGCAUCAUAUGGGCAAGGCCAGAUUGGUUAGUAGUUGAUCUGAUAUGCACACUCAUAUUUUCUGUUUUUGCUGUUUGCACAACUAUAUCGAUGCUUAGAAAUAUAUAUGGCAUACUGAUGGAGAGAACACCAAGUGAUAUUGAUAUCACCAAUCUAGAAAAAGGCCUCAAGUGCAUCAAAGGGGUUGAGGAUAUUCAAGACCUACAUGUUUGGGAACUGACAGUUGGAAAAACGGUUUUGUCUUGCCAUGUAAAGGCGGAGCCGGCAGUGAGCUCUAGUCAGAUAAUUGGCAAAAUUAGGGAUUACUGUGAAAGAACUUACAGAAUACAUCAUGUAACUAUACAGAUUGAAUAGUAGACUUCAGAUUCAGCCUAUCCUCUGUUUGUUUUUUGGGUAAAAAACCUACACUUUUGUUGGAUCUUAUUAAAUUCUUACCUUUUCCUCUUAACCUUUUAAGAGAACUUGAGUUAUGGAAAGUGUGAUGCCUCUGUCUACCAUCCUCACGAGCUGAACAGGUUUUGAGCACGUAAACUUCAAGCCACUCAGUUAGUGAGGAACUGGCAAACACACCAGGCAACCACUACAUUCAACGUUUGGUUAACUGAACUUCCGAUUGAGUUGAGCACAAACUGUUUACGAACUCUGCAACCCAGAACAAGAAGAAAAAAACAUGCACGGUGCAAAUGCCACCACCACGGAGGCUUCGCAAGCGAAGCGAUACAGGAGAGAAGGUAAAAGAAGAAGUGAAUUUAGGAUAUAAUAAAAAGGUAUUAAGCCUCUAUUACAAUUUUAGAAGUGGCUUAGAAACGAAACCCUGAAUGAAACUCUGAAUCUGUUCCAUUGAUUCUUUAGUUUGA